AUGACUGGACGGGGUAAGAAGAGUUCAAAGAAGAAAAAAUUUGCUUCGGGAGUUUCACAACAUAACCUGCUAGCAUUUGGCAGUGCUGAAGGUUUGCCGUCAGAUGAUAGUGAAGACUCGGAUUAUCAACCGUCAGAUGGUGAACAACCCAGUACUAGUAAGAGGAAACGAGGUAUGGUAUUACGAGACCAACUGCUAUAUUUCAUUGAUGUUGGUCAUACAAGGAAGAAAGGGGUUGACUACCUCACAGGCAUUCAUCUUCGGUGAUUUCAAUAAACUUUGUCCAGUUUUGUAACAAUUUAAUAUUCAGCCCUAUCCUGCAAUGAACACUUGUGAGUGAGUAAAUGUCGACACUUACAGGAGCCAACAAAUUAAACUACAAUUAUCACAUAACAUUUUCUCAUUAUGGUAACUGCCAGUUGACCCAAUAAUAUAUUUUUUCUGCAAGGUAAAAAACAAUCAAGUUCUCAACCAGCUGUAAAGAAAUCGACGCGAACUGAAAUCCAGCCCAAGAAUACCUCGACAUCUCUAGACUGGUCACACAGAAUACCAAAUGAGCUGCUUCACAAAAUAUUUCUGUCAGCAGUUCAUAAUUUUUCUGCUGUACCAUUCUUAUGUAGGUGAGAAAUAUAUAACCAGAUUGCACGGCCUCAUGACAUGCUAGUCAUUUAAUUUAAAGUAGAUUUUACAUUGAAUAUACAGAUAUACAAUUUGCUUAAAUAAUCAAAUGCAAUAAUUUUGUCUAUAUUUCUAUCAAUCUUUUGCAGAAUUUCCCAAGUGUGUCGGAAAUGGCAAGCUGUUGCAUCAGAUGCGUCUCUCUGGUACUCUGUCGAUCUUUCUUUUAUGGCAAACUCUCUCAAGGCCAAGGAUGAAACAUUGAAUUUAUUGAGAGGAAGAAAUUUCUUAAAACACAUACAAAAUUUGAACUUCAAUGGUUGGCAUAAAUUGACAAGUUCAGGCUUGGAGGUAGAAUAACAUGAUAAUCAUGCCUUUCAAACAGAUGCAGGUCAUUGUCAGGUCUCUGUAGAAAGAGACCAGGAUGUCCAACCUGAUCUUCCAUGAAAUACUGGGGGCAGGGCAACCUAUUUGCUUAAAAAUGGUUGUUUGUAGAAUGGUUAUAAUCAGCCUCCUGGCUAAAUGGCUGCAGCCCACUAAUAGCAUUGUCAGUGCUUGCUUCUAUAUAAUAAGCAUAUACCUCCUCCUUUAGGUUAUUGGCAGUCAUUGUAUGGAGCUAAGGUCGAUAGAUUUAUCAAAAUGUGGAAAGGUCACAGCCAGAGGAGUAUCUCUUAUUGCAAGUUAUUGCACUAAACUGACAUCAAUCAAUCUGUCAUAUGUUCAGGUAUAUAAAUAUUGUGUUGUGUUUCAUUAUUCUGUUUUCAAUAAGAGUUUGCAUUUUACAAGCAACAGACGAUGGUCAACUGCAGAAAUGUUGACACUUUAUAGGAACAAGAAAAUUAUAUCUCUCAAUUAUAUUUAUUUGCCUCCAAAUACAAGAUUACUACUUAUGUUCAAAAGUAUUAAUAUUAUUUUCUUACUCUGAUAAUGGGUAUAGUAUAGUUGACCAACCUCUUCUACUUGUAAUUUUACUUCAGACAGAUGUUACAUCAAACAUGUCGAUUAAGAACUUACUCCAUGAACGAGGAUGUCAACUAGAAGCACUAUACUUGGCAGGAAAUAAAUCCAUUGGAACUCCUAGUUUGAUCGCUGUGCAGGUAUUAAUACUCCUUCCUGGAUUUGAGGAUCAUUCAAUCGCUGAUAUCUAAAAUACACUCUGAAGAAACUGGGAUAAAAGUUUAGAAUAUAUAUUAAAAGCUUCGUUUUAUACAUUGGUUCAAUGAUCAUUAUUAACCAAAAGUUCUCCCAGGACUAUAGCUAAUUUCUAUUGUUACUGUAAUUUUUUUAGUCUUGUUGUGAAAACUUAAAGAUCUUGGAUCUUUCUUGCACGUCCAUCACAAGUUUCCACGUAGAAAAAUUGCAGGUGACACAUAUCUUAUGAUACCAGUAUUAUAACAUUAUAACCCUUGAACAGUCCUUUGAUUGUAGUGCAUAUAGUUAAAAUAAUUGUUUUGCGUAUUUAGGCAGGAUGUCCACAUCUGAUUGAGCUGAGGCUGUCCCAGUUAUCAUUGCUACCAUCAACAGUUACAGCCAAUCAAAUGGUAAGUUGGUUAGCAUCAUUGAGCGAAACACCCUAAUACCAUACGCUAUCUCUUACCCUGUGAUUGACAACCAGGUUUGAGACUUGUAGGAUGACAUCCUGUAUACCAUGGGUUUUUCACAACUAACUGUAAAGCUGAAAGUCUCCUUAUGGACACCUCUCUGAUACAGACUAAAUUUCAAAUAUACAAUGUCGUUUUGACAACUUGUAUACGAAAAUCCAUUUAUUAUGAUCAGAUGUUCAAAAUAUUUUCAACAUUGAUUGUUUCGUUUUCUCGUAGGAUGCAUCUGCAGGUUUCCCAGAUCUAGAAUUACUAAGUUUGGCCAGUAUUACUGGAGGCGAUGGCACAGAUGACAGGUUUUUGCAAAGGUAAAUAUUGAAGAAUGAAAUGUGUCUUAUGAAGGAGAAAACUAAUUAUCAUAAACUGCGCUCAACUCGCGCAUGACUGCGUUCAUACUGCGGUUAUGUUGCGCCCAGACUGUGGUUGACUUGCGGACAAAGCACGCCAACGAAAAUAUUGAUGAAUUGCACUUUUACCGCAGGUUGUUGAAAACAUCAAGCAAGUUAAGACAGCUGGAUUUACGUGGAUGUGAGAAGAUUAGUCACCAAGCUUUUCCUGUACGUAGCUAACGAUUAUAUUCUUUAUUAUAUAUCAAACCAUUCAAUAAGAUAUGUAUUGAUGGUUUCACUAAGAUGAUGGUUAACUUGAGAAAUAUCGACACUUAUGCUUAAUAUUAUUUGACUCCAAAAACAAGACUGAAUAAAAACAUUUUCACACUCUGACAACUGCAAGUUGACCAUAUCUGCUGCACGAUAAUGCAGAAAAUUUAAACCAGCUCAUUGUUGCACUAAUGCAUGGUUAACUAGUUAUAUUUUCAUAUUUCUAGAAUCUCCCGGCAGUUUCACUAGAACAGCUAUUUUUGUCACGAUGUAAGAUUUCCUGGAAAGAUUUAUUCAAGAUUAUCAAAACUAGGGUACGUAGCUUAGUUUGAGUAUAAAAGCGUUCCAGGGCAGCACUGAGAUGGUGGUCCACUUGAGAAAUGUUGAUACUUAGGUUUAAUUAAUAUUUCUGUAUUUCUAGUGGCGAGACAGUUUAAAAGAGCUGGAUGUUUCAUGGUGUAAUAACUUAGAUGACGUUGCAUUGUUAACUCUGGCUAGUAUUCCUUAUACAAUUGUGACGACACUCAACCUGGCUGGAACUGGUGUGGGUACUGUAGGGGUCAGGUAAAAUACCCUCUCUUUACAUACUGAACGUAUUCCUUAGUUUGCUAUAUUCACGAUUUGAUACAAUACGCUUCUUGACCGUACUCUCUCUUAUUCUCUAGGAGUAUUGUUGAUUCUUGUCCUAACUUAACUGAGUUAAACCUCACGUCAUGUCGUGGUGUUCCCCGUGGUGUGAAACAACUUCAUGGCGCUGAAAACAUUAGAAAAUUGAGAGCGCAACUUCACAGCGCACCAGAGCAUGUUGAACUGGAUACGCUUUAG